AUGGACUUACAUUUACUCAAUCAAAAUAAUAACCUAAAAAAGAACUCUCAAUUAUCACCUAUUGGCAAAAUAUUAAUUUAUACUACGGGGGGACUUGCGGUUGGAGUAAGCGUUGUGUGUAUUCCAUUUGUAUCUCCGGCCUUAAGAAAAGUUUGUUUACCAUAUGUACCAGCAACUACGGAGCAAUUGGCUGGUGUAUCUAAAGCUUUAGCAAAUAGAAGUGGAAAGCUCCUGGAUGUUGGUUCAGGUGAUGGAAGAAUUGUUUUCACUGCAGCAAAGCUAGGUUUUAAAGCUGAAGGGGUAGAACUCAAUCCCUGGCUUGUAUACUAUUCAAGAUUAGCUUCCUUAUUACAACCAGAGUUACGUAAAACUAAAUUCUACAGGCAUAAUCUAUGGACUUUUAAUUUGAAACAGUAUGAAAACAUAGUAAUUUUCGGUGUUGAACAAAUGAUGCAAGAUUUUGAGUAUAAACUGCUAAAAGAAGCACAAUCUGGUGCAGUAAUAGUUGCUUGUAGAUUUCCAUUACCAAAUUUGAAACCAAUUGAGACUAUUGGUCAUGGUGUGGACACUGUGUGGAAAUAUGAAAUAAUUAGAUAA